AUGGCGGAGGCAGCAGCUUCACAUUCCUACAAGCUGGGGCUCAAUCAGAUCGGCUAUGCGACAUUGGUGGUUUGCAUCUUCUUCGUUGUGCUGUCUAUUGCAGCAGUCGGUCUACGAAUUGCCACUCGGCGGAUGAUGGGCAACAGAUUGGGAAUGGACGACUGGCUGGUCAUUGCUAGUGUCUUCGUCUUUUUGGGCUUUUGCAGCAAUUCUUUGGUAGGAGUUUACACCUACGGGGGUGGACAAGUCUAUACCAAUGAGCUAGAAGCCCAAAAGAAGCUUACACAGUAUAUGAAAUCCGAGUACGCCGUUCCACCACUCUACGCCGUGAACGUGACCUUGGUGAAGAUAUCGAUUCUAUGUUUCUACCAUCGCAUCUUCUCUGUCGCCAGUUUCCGCCGCAUCAACUACGGUGUAGGUAUCUUCUGUCUUGUGUGGUUUGUGGCCGCCUUCAUUGGGGACUUACUAUACUGCAUCCCCAUCCGGCACUUCUGGGAUCCCACUGUGGCUGGCCAUUGCUUUAACUUCCCGAGUUAUUUUCUAGCAAUGGAGCUCAUAGAUAUCCUGCUAGACGUGACUAUCAUUGUUCUUCCUCUCAGGACUAUUUCAAGCCUGCAACUCUCUUUUCGAAAGAAGGUAGCUUUGCUAGGUGUCUUUUUGCUCGGAUCUUUUGUCAUUGUGACGGGUGCUGUUCGCAUCGCCUACGUCUACCGACCGGGUGAUGACCUUCGUCAAGCCUCUCUCUGGUCGGUAAUAAAUCUUGGUGUCGCCAUUCUCUGUGCCUGUCUGCCCAUCUAUCGCCCUUUGCUCCCCAAAUUUGGCCAACUCGGAAGCCUUGUACGCAGUUACUACGAUAAGCCUUCGAAGGGCGAUGGCAGCCACUUGCCUUCUACCAACUCGGAAAGGUCAAACAUGAACAGCUACGAGUCUCGUUCCGCCAACUAUUACAAGAUGAAUGAUAGUCAAAGUGACGCUCUACCUUUAACCAAUAUCGCAGUGGGUGAUCAUCGGAGUUUCGAGAGGGAUCUCCAAGGCAUUCGAGUGCAACGAGAGGUGGAGGUUGUUUAA